CCCCCCCCCCCCCACACACACACAACGAGAACCCUUCUUCGAUCAGAAAUGGUGCAAACCCUAGAAUCGUACUAAGAGAAGAGAGAGGAGAGAUGAGUUAAAAUGAGAAAAGGAAUGGGAAUUUAAGGUGGGGUUGGGUUUUCUAGUGCAGGUUAGUGGGUUUGAGUUAAAAUAAGUGGGAUCCGAGUUUAAAUUGGGUUCUAUUAGUGUAAGGGCACGAGUAGCCCAAAUUGUAACGGUUGGAGCAUGUGUGAGCCAACGUUUAAAUGACAGACGUAUGCGUGAAAUUCAUAUAGUUGAAGGGCACAUCUGGCCCUUUUCCGUAUUUUAUAUACUUAAGAGACAAAAUCUAUACUUGAACGGUUCAAAAAUAUAACUAUCCCAAUUAAUAUUAGGAUCAGACAGAAAGAGAUGGAGAUGAUGGAUUCAAGAGAGGAAGGACAAAUAAUGUCAGCAGCAAAUUACUAUUCCAACGACUUUGAAUGGGACCUACUUCGCCAGGAUAUCGAAAAAGAUCCUUCCUUUGCUCACCAUUUGCUUCCUUUUCCUAAUCAAAAUCAAGAAACCCAUUUGUCUUCUUUAUGUACCCAACAAGAAGAUUCUGAAGCAUGGAAUAACUUCCACACUCGCCAUUCCACUGGCAAAUUCUUCAAGGAGCGGCGGUACUUGCUUAAGGAAUUCCCAGAGCUAGCCUCUUGCAAGGAAUGCUCGACAGUUUUGGAGGUGGGAUGUGGAAAUGGUAGUACAGCUCUGCCAAUAUUACGUGGAAACAAGAGCAUCUCUCUCUAUGCCUGUGACUGCAGCAAAGAGGCUCUUGAGAGGGCUAAAGAGAAUAUUGACGCUGCUAAUAUAAACUUGGCUAAAGAACGUUUUGCCACAUUCCAAUGUGAUUUCUCUGCAAGUGGAUUUCCAAACUGGUUAGUCUGCACUUCUUGCCGUGAAAGUUUCUUCCAGAAGCAAAAUAUGUGCUCCGCAGAUGCAAGAAGCUGCAGUAAGCAAGAUUUCCCCGAUCUACCGAUAUCUGCCAAGAACAAUAGCUGCAUUGGAGGAGUAGAUUUUGUUACCUUAAUAUUUACACUAUCAGCUGUGCCACUUCACAGGAUGUCGAGAGCAAUCACAGAAUGCUUCUCCGUCCUAAAGCCCGGAGGGUUGUUGUUAGUCAGAGAUUAUGGUCUUUAUGAUAUGACCAUGCUUCGGUUCGAGCCAGAGCAAAGAGUAGGAUACAGGGAGUACAUGCGUUCUGAUGGAACAAGGUCUUACUUCUUUUGCUUGGAUAAUGUAAGAGAUCUCUUCUGUGGAACAGGAUUCAGUGAGCUUGAGCUUGAAUAUUGUUGUGUCCAGUCAGUGAAUCGACGGAAUGGGAAGAACAUGCGAAGAGUAUGGAUUCAUGGGAAGUUCCAGAAGCCACAUGUCCACUUAGGUUAAUAACCCCGUGGUUUUGAUUGGAGAAAGUGAGCUUGCAAGCAGCUAAAUUAAUGUUCCUUGAGCUUAAGAAACUGAAAAAAAGAAGAUAAACGUGUGUUAUUUUUUACCCUUAAAUCGUCCUCCAACAGAGCUAAAUCUAUGAUGUGUAGAAGUGGAAUACUUGAGUAUAAUGUCAGUGCCUGAGAUUCCUUUGAAUGAAAGAUUCAGUCUUUUUCUAGCUAUACAUGCAGAGAAGCCUUAGUCUCGUAAAACAUAUGAAGUAGUGCUGUGAUUGUAUGAUGAGAUGCAGAAAAGGAUGAGCAAAAAUUUGACAAGUUGGUCAUAUUCUUUGUGCUGACUUCAGCAGUUUGUUAUCUUGAGCUUGGGGCUAUUUUAAGGUCAGUUUACACUGUGAUGGUGCAGUUUGGUUUGAGAAGCUUCUCAAGGGUGAAUUAUUGUUGUUCCUUUGGAAGAGAAUUUAAUUGUGAAAACUAAGUCCAACUUCAAGGCUGGAAGUAAAAGAUGUGUGUUUUCAAUUAAA